AUGGAACUGACUUUUGCUGUCUUUCAUCCUCUUACUCUCUCUCUUUCUCAUCAGGAGGUCUCGAAGAAUACUCGCAGCAUCAUCGUCCGCGCGACGAGUAAAAGUAGCGGUACUAAUAAGAAUACGAAUAAUCAUACGAAUACCACCACCAACAACAACGAGAACAACAACCGCAAAACGCAAAGAGCCUAUCGGGUUCGAUCGACCGCAACGAACGAUUUCCAGCAGCAACAACAGAAACCGUACGCGUCGUAUAGGGAAAAACACGGGUAUAACUGGACGUACGGUGCCGCAGAGGACGACGUAAACGACGACGACGAGAGCGGCGAAUACGGAUCGGUGUCCGAAGCGGACGCUCGCGAAGCGGCGAGGAACUGGUUGUGUACCAUCGGAAGACAAGGUCAAACGUCGCCGAUUGAUUUCGAAAAAGCGCAAUACAACGCGAGACGAGGCAAACGUGUCUCCGAGGAAUUUAGAGGUACGUUGUUAGACGAUCCGUUCACGAAUAACCCGAAAGUGUUCGAGUUUAUGAGAACGCGGAGAGGCCCGAUGGUCGGGAAGCUCGGGAAAGCGUUGAGGCAGGUCCACGGCGACGAGGCGUACGAAUCGUAUUUAGGCAAGCACGUGAAUCGACACAUUCGAUUGGCGAGAAUAUUGAAGUUAUGGAGAAUAAACUUCCACAUUCGUUUCGGAAGAGAACCCGGGUACGACGACAUGCCGUCGAACUUGAAAACGUUGGAGUUGCAAUACAUAAACAUCGGCUUCAAGCUUCGCGAACUCGACGGAUAA